GUUGCCAGGUCCCCCAUGCAGACCCUCCAUGUUCUUCAGCCCUAGGUUCCAGAACCAAUGGACUGUGUUGAGUGGGCCCGCGGUGCUGCUUGAGUUCUCCCAGAUUACGCAGUCCCUUCACACAAGCUAAGUAGUCCUGACACCGCUGCCUCUGGCACCCGCUACUAUUCCAUCUAUUGAUUUCAGCAGAAUGCCAGACGUUUGUGCACUGGCUGCUGGCGAUCCCUCGUCGUGAGGAUGCUCCGUCCGUCAUCGGGCAACAAAGAAUAUUAGACUUUAGAGGAAAAUACUAUGUAAUCAGGGUAUUUUUCAGCUGUCGUUGUUGGGAUCUUGUAGCUGUAAAGGAAGCCUAAGCUAGUGUUGGCAUCACAAAACCACCAGCUUCCAGUCUUCACACAAUUUCUACAGGAGGGCUGAAGUCACAUCCAGCCGUAGGGGAGCUUCUGACUGCUUCGCACCAACAAUUCCUGCAGGAUUCCUUAAGAAAAGACUUGCUGAAGAGUGUCUUCUUCCAACGAUCUGGAAGAUGUUUUCCAAGCUGAAAGCAGGCUGUUUCAGGCAGUCGGUGCGAGCCGAGAUGGGAAGUCUUCUGGAAAUGCAGAAGCUUCUGAAGAAGAAGGAUGAGAAGAUCAGAGAACUCCAGGUCCAGCUGGAGAGGAAAGAUGCUGAGAUCGUCGAGCUCAAGACGAAACUGGACAAGUACCAGUCCGUGUUUAAGCCCGGCAUGGCCGCCAUGAGUGGAACAGCAGGCCCGGCAGCGGUCAGGAGGCGCGCACAGGGCAUCUCUGCAGAACCACAGUCCAUGAAGACGUUACAGGACGUCACCAAGCAGAAAUUCAAAAAAUACAUCAAGUCAAAAAGAGGGUAAGGUGGAAGUGACCAAGGAAGGAAACAAGCUCUGCACGAUGGGACCGGGGAAGGUGUUCGGAGAGCUGGCCAUCUUGUACAAUUGCACGAGAACAGCUACUGUAAGAGCACUUACUAAAGCAAAGCUAUGGGCCAUCGACCGACAGUGCUUCCAGGCUAUCAUGAUGAAGACCACGCUGCAAAAGCAGCAAGAGUACAUCGAAUUCCUUACCAGUGUUCCCACCUUCAAAGAUCUUCCAGAAGAGACGAUCAGCAAGAUAGCCGAUGUCCUCGAAGAGUGCAUCUAUCACGAGGGAGAGUUCAUCAUUAGGCAAGGGGCAAUAGGAGACACUUUCUUCAUCAUCAAGAAGGGAAUAGUCAACGUUACGAGGACGGAUCCCGGCAGUUCUUCACCAAAGUUCAUCCGGUCAUUAAAGAAAGGUGACUUCUUCGGGGAAAAGGCUCUGCAGGGCCCCGAAGCAGUGGAAGACAUCCGGACAGCCAAUAUCGUUGCAGCGGACAAGGACAGUGUUGUCUGCCUUGUUAUCGACAGGGACUCCUUCAGCCAGUUGAUAGGGGGACUGGGACACGUGUCCAGCAAGAAGUAUGAACACGAGGAGGACAACGUUGCAGUUGACAACGAGUUCGCUAAUGUCAAACUGUCAGACACGGAGAUCGUCGCGACGUUAGGUGUCGGCGGCUUCGGCAGAGUCGAACUGGUACGCGUCAAGGGCUUUAACAAUAGGACGUUUGCGUUGAAGCAGCUGAAGAAGAAGCACAUUGUGGAAACUCGUCAACAAGAUCAUAUCAUGUCUGAGAAGAAAAUCAUGGGAGAGGCACGCUCAGACUUCAUCGUCAGACUCUUCAAGACUUUCAAAGAUUCCAAAUACCUGUACAUGUUGCUUGAGGUUUGCCUUGGCGGCGAACUGUGGACGAUCCUUAGAGACAGGGGCUCUUUCGAUGAUGGUACGACCAGGUUCUACACCGCAUGCGUCCUGGAGGCCUUCACGUACCUCCACCAGCGCGGCAUCAUCUACAGGGACCUCAAGCCUGAAAACCUGCUGCUGGACUCCAAAGGAUACAUCAAGCUGGUUGACUUCGGCUUUGCCAAGAAGAUCGGGUUCGGUAGGAAGACGUGGACGUUCUGUGGAACACCAGAGUACGUGGCACCAGAGAUCAUCCUAAACAAGGGGCACGACCUGUCCGCGGACUACUGGUCUCUUGGCAUCCUCAUGUUCGAGCUGCUCACCGGCAGCCCUCCGUUCUCGGGAUCGGACCCCAUGAAGACCUACAACCUGAUCCUGAAGGGUAUCGACAUCAUGGAGUUCCCGAGAAAGAUCUCUCGGAAUGCUCACAACCUAAUCAAGAAACUAUGCAAGGACAACCCGAGCGAGAGACUAGGAAAUCAGAAGAACGGAAUCAAGGACAUCCAGAAACACAAGUGGUUUGAGGGUUUCAACUGGGAAGGUUUGAGAAGUAAAACACUCUGCCCACCGAUUGUGCAACCUGUGAAAAAUACCACAGACACCUCCAACUUUGACGACUACCCUAUAGACGAGGAAGACACGCCCGAAGACUUCACGGGAUGGGACAAGGACUUCUAGAUUUAUCAUUUCUAGACGUGGCAGAACGGAACAUAUAUUGCCAACUAAUCAUUUUAUUUCAAGGUUUAGAAUGUAGUAACAUCCUGAGCGAUUAAUUUUGUGAGACAUCAUUGAUAUGUGUUCAGAAGUUUUACUCUGGACUAACACCUCUAGAAUAAGUUUUUUCUAAAGAAAUUGUAGUCUUAUUAUUGAAUGAUGUCCUGAUUAUGAGGUGUUAAUUGCAUCACAAAGUCAUAUAGUUUUUUCGUACUUUCUCCAUAAUGGUAAAUAGAUUUUAGACUUUAACUAAUUGAGGCGUACUUGAAAGAAGAGAAUUGUACAUGGACAUAACAAUUGUGUGGUAAAAGAGCACCAAGUCUUGAUAUACUUGUAAAAAAUGAUGAAAGGUGUUUUUAAAAAUAGAGACGUUGUUGUUGCUGCCAAGCAAGAGUGCCACUGUUAUGAUCCAUUAGUUUAUUUUUCAUUGUCAUGCCAUACUUUAUUUAACAAAAAGUGAACUCUAUUUUUUUUCAGCUACUCACAUUUAGCAAUUAUGAAAUUAUGCUCACAUACGAAUGAUUCUAUAUAAUGGAACUUUCGUUCUGUGAAGCCGAAUCCAUGUCGUUAAUAUUCAGAGAAAGAAAAGGUACAUACAAUACCAAUACAUAGAAAACACACUUUCUUUCUACAUGGUCCGAAAUCAAGAAAGCACAAAAAUUAUCUUGAAAUUUUAACUUUCUAUGUAGGGCUAAGCUUGUCCACUCAUGUUAUACCAAAGUGUGCUGAGGUGUAAUGCAUGACUAUUGUACAUGUGGUAUGUCAUGUUACACGACCGUAAAUUUUCAAAACGUGCCAAAUACACAUUCUGUGUCUGAUGUAGCUUUGGAACUCACAUUUGAUAGGUUUGGUGUAGUCUGCUAUGUUUUGUUGUGCAUUACGUAGGCAUGAUACAUUGGUCUAUCUUAAAGGUUUUGUGAUCAAUCUGUAAUGUCACAACAAGGAGGCUACAUGGUCACGUUUUAUGAGUGAUACCACUGUUAUUGCGAUGUUAAGGGUAGCAUACAACAAUAGGUGGUGUUUUCUUUAGCCUAGUCUCAUUAGCCAACUGGACAAAAUGAGAAAUCCCACCAAUUCAUCUGCAAAUUCCUUUUGAAUAUUGAACACAAAAUUGAAUACACCUGUACCUCUCAAAACAACCGCCUUUAAGAGUCAAUGCCUGGUUUAAGCGACUCAUUUUGUACAGAAACAUUUGUUCUCAUUUACUUUAAACACAUUUUACUUGAGGCUUAAAAGAGAUGCUGAUUUAGUUGUGUAACUACAUUUUAGAGCCUUUAGAUUCUUUGUGAUAUGCAUUAUGAUGUUUGGUUAGGUGGAUAAUAAUUAACUGAAACAAAUACGUGACAGGUGAAUUGAAGGACAUGCAUUAUAAGUUCAAGAAUACUUGUGUGAAAACAAAAUGCUCUGCAUUUUUUAGCCUGUUAAUAUCCCAAGCUGUGAGGCAACGUCAUGUCCCUCAGUUAUCACUAGGAUGUACCCGAUAUAUCAAAAUUGUAUAUUUUGUACAAAAACUAGAAACAAUAUUAAACAGAGUAUACUUAUCAUUCAUCACAUCUUUCUGCAACAAGACAGAAAAAAGUUGAGACCAAAAUAUAUAUGUAUUACAUUAUUCAGGAAGUCAAAUGUGUGCUCACUGUGGAUUUAUGUAAUUAAAGAUGUUUCACAAA